GCCUGUGACAUUUGAAACAUACAAUAUUUGAUAAUAAUUUUAUGUUCUGGCAUUGUGACAGUUGUUGAUAUAAUCCAGGAUGGCUUUAUCUAAUAAUUUAGAGAAAGCUAUUGAUCUAGUUACAAAAGCUACCAAAGAAGACAAAAACAGGAAUUAUGAAGAAGCUUUACAACUCUAUGAGCGUGGCGUCGAAUGUUUUUUGUAUGCAGUGAAAUAUGAAGUACAGAGAGACACGGCAAAGAAUAUAAAAGCGAAAUUUUUACAGUACUUGGACAGAGCUGAGAAACUUAAGGAGUUUCUGAAGAAAGAUUGUAAGAAAAAACCAGUGAACUCAAAGAGCGAAAAUAAGGGGAGAAGUUUUGAUAUCGACUUGGAUGAUCUAGAGAAGAAAAAGUUGUUAGGAAAGAUAGAGGACGCAAUAGUGAUAGAAAGACCUCAUGUCAAGUGGAGUGACGUAGCUGGACUUGAAACAGCCAAAGAAGCCUUAAAAGAAGCUGUAAUCUUACCUAUUAAAUUCCCACAUCUAUUUACAGGCAAAAGGAUUCCUUGGAAAGGUAUUUUACUUUUUGGUCCACCUGGUACUGGUAAGUCAUAUUUAGCUAAAGCUGUUGCUACAGAAGCUGAUAAUUUUACAUUCUUUUCUGUAUCCUCGUCUGAUCUUGUAUCUAAAUGGCUAGGUGAGUCUGAGAAGCUUGUGAAAAAUUUGUUUGAACUGGCUCGUCAACACAAACCAAGUAUCAUUUUCAUUGACGAAAUAGACUCCUUGUGCUCAGCACGUUCUGACAAUGAAUCUGAGUCUGCCAGGAGGAUAAAAACUGAGUUUCUUGUACAAAUGCAAGGUGUAGGAAAUGUAAUGGAUGGCAUUCUUGUACUGGGAGCUACAAAUAUUCCAUGGGUACUUGAUAGUGCCAUUAGAAGAAGGUUUGAGAAGCGUAUCUACAUAGCUUUGCCUGAAGAGCAUGCUAGAUUAGAUAUGUUUAAAUUGAAUCUUGGUAAUACAAAACACCAGUUGAGUGAGACAGACAUUAAAGUAUUGGCAGCAAAAACAGAGGGAUAUUCGGGAGAUGACAUAAGUAUAGUAGUGCGAGAUGCACUUAUGCAACCUGUGAGGAAAGUGCAGUCUGCUACUCACUUUAAAAAGGUUACCGGGCCUAGUCCAACGGACCUAAAUGUUAUUGUUAAGGAUUUAUUCACCCCAUGUUCGCCUGGUGAACCUGGUGCGAUUGAAAUGACUUGGAUGGACGUACAAAGCAAUAAACUUGGGGAACCACCCGUUACAAUGUCCGAUAUGCUUAAAUCUCUAGCCACUUCAAAACCGACAGUCAAUAACGAUGACAUGAUAAAACUAAAGAAGUUUUUGGAAGGUUUCGGCCAAAAAGGAUAA